CGGACCCAUCAUCGAACUACAGAGGAUGCUCUCUCGCGCAGGAAGGAGGCCACCGCCGAGGCCGUCUGGCCUCGUCUCGCUCAGGGCAGCCACUGCGCAGCCUUCGGCGUCGAUUGGGACGAGGCAUGCGCGCGGGUGCAUGACAGCGACCGUCGUGCACCGGCCUUCGAUGCUGCUGCCGUGCAGCACUGCCCUCGUCUCUCCAGGCGGAGCGCGGCGCUAUGCCACGACCAGCAGCAGUACAACGACAGCUGAGGAACAACAUGCAGAGGCAAAGCCAUUCCCGUCCAAGGUGCUCGUGGCGAACCGAGGCGAGAUUGCGUGCAGGGUGAUGCGGACGUGCAAGCGGCUGGGCAUCGCCACUGUCGCCGUCUUCAGCGAGGCCGACGCCAACGCGGCCCACGUCGCCCUGGCAGACGAGGCCUACUGCAUUGGACCCGCACCCUCGUCGGAGUCGUACCUCAAGAUGGACCGGAUCCUCGACGUGGCCCGACGGACUGGCGCAGAGAUGAUCCACCCAGGCUAUGGCUUUCUCUCGGAGAAUUCCGACUUUGCGUCGCUGCUCGAGUCGUCGGACGGGAUCCGCUUCAUCGGCCCGCCGUCGCAGGCCAUCGUCUCGAUGGGCUCAAAGAGUGCAUCAAAGGACAUCAUGACAAAAGCUGGUGUACCCUGCGUGCCCGGCUACCACGGCCAAGACCAGUCGGACAGCAACCUGCAGGCCGAGGCCGACAAGAUCGGCUAUCCGGUCCUGAUCAAGGCCGUCAAGGGCGGCGGCGGAAAGGGCAUGAAGAUCGUCGAGCGGUCCGACGACUUUCUCGACCAGCUCAGGAGCGCACAGAGAGAGGCCGAAAAGUCAUUUGGAGAUGCCGACGUCCUCAUCGAGCGCUAUCUCAAGAGACCUCGUCACGUUGAAGUGCAGAUCGUCUCGUCUGCCGCGCCUCACAACCAGCACCUGGCCAUCAGCACGCGCGACUGCUCGGUCCAGCGCCGGCACCAAAAGAUCAUCGAAGAGGCGCCCGCGCCCCACCUCUCGACCGCCCUCGAGCGCGACCUGUGCGACAAGGCGACGGCUGCGGCGAGGGCCGUCGACUAUGUGGGCGCCGGCACCGUCGAAUUCAUCAUGGACGCCGACACGGGCGAGUUCUUCUUCAUGGAGAUGAACACGCGGCUCCAAGUGGAACACUGCGUGUCUGAAAUGAUCAGCGGCAUCGAUCUCGUCGAGUGGCAGCUGCUCGCCGCCUCGGGCAAUGCCCUUCCCCUGUCGCAGUCUGAGAUCCGCUCGUGGGGCCACUCGUUCGAGGCGCGCAUCUAUGCAGAGGACACCGAGGCCAACUUUCUCCCCGACGUCGGCGUCCUCGCCCACGUCGCCUUUCCGACGCCGACGACGGACCUGCUGAGUCCGCCGAGCAGCAGCAGUAGUAGCAGUGGAAGCAGUGGCGAGGCGCUGCUGCCGCCGCCGCCGUCGAGCGUCCGCAUCGACACGGGCUUCGGCCCCGGCGACGAGAUCAGCGUGCACUACGAUCCCAUGAUUGCCAAGCUCAUCGUCCACGGCCGGGACCGGUCCGACGCGCUGCGGCUCAUGCGCCGGGCCCUGGGCCAGACGCAGAUCGUGGGGCCCAAGACCAACGUCGGCUUCCUCAGCCGCCUCUGCGCGCACGAGGCCUUUGUCGACGGCAGGGGCCUCGAGACGGGCUUCAUUGCAAAGUACGGCCAGGAUCUCUUCGUGGGCAACCAAGGGGCUGUCGAGAUUGGAGACGACGUGUAUGUGCAGGCGGCCGUCUUUCUCGCCUGGAAGGGCAUCCGAGAGAGGCAGGGUACGCAGCAGGCAGAAGGACAGAGCCCGUGGAGCCGACGGGAGUUUUCCUCGUUCAGGUCGACGCGGUCGCAAGGAGCAGACAUGCAAUUCAAGCUUCGCAGCAGGAGAAAGAGGCAGGGAGCCCAAGAAGCGGCGGCCAAGGGCGAGGCAGAGGACAUUGUCACGGUGCAUGUCCGCGCGCUGUCGUCGAGCCAGUGCGCCGUGGAGCUGGAGCAGGGAGAGGCAGGCAAAGGGCAGCAAAGAAGAGAAAUUGGCACGCUCAAUGUUACUCGCUGCGACGGCACGCAGAUUGAGCUGCGAACGCCCUGGGCCACGGGAGAGGGAGGCGCAGGGCACGACGUCAGGGGCCACGUCAUCAGCCGCGGACCGGCCGGGUCGGACGGCGCCUCGACAGAAGCAAGGCUCGACGUCUUUUCAGAGGGAAGGCACUACGAGCUGGACCUCGUUGCGCCGGCCUGGCUCGAGGAGGUCAAGGGUGCACUUGCACCGCAGGAGGGAAGCGUGCGCGCGCCCAUGCCGAGCAAGGUCGUCGAAGUCAGGGUCAAGGCGGGCGAUGCCGUUCAGCAGGGUGACAUUGUCGUCGUCCUGGAAGCUAUGAAGACGGAGCACACGCUCCGGGCACCCAAGGACGGCGUCGUGGCCAAGGUCAAUGCUGCCCAGGGGGCCAUGUGCGCCGAAGGGACAGAGCUGGUCACCUUUGAGGAACGGGAGCAGGAGCAGUAGUAGUAGAAUAGCCAUUGAUUCCAUUCCAGCACGUGUGAAUAAAUUACAGUCGCUGCUCGCC